GGUCGCCAAAAACAUCUGUUUUCUGAAGCAUUACUGAUUGAACAUUUUUUAUUUAGUUUUGAAUUUUUAUUGUUGACCUCUCAACAAUAGCGUACGCCUUUGAAAUGGGCACAAAACGUCGCAAUAUCGAAGAUGAGCUCUCACGCUUCGAAGCGGAGAUCUCUAAGCCGCCAGCGCGAAACCUUUUUGUACCAAAUCAAGUACGCCCGAUCAUCGCGGCGAAUACGUAUAACAACGUGCAGCAGAAAUUGCAGCAGCAUCAGCCUCGCAUGGCGGUGCCACCACCUCCAAUACCACCACCGCCAACAUUUAUGUCUACAUUCGUACCGACCGGCAACGGCUCAUCUACUUCGCCAUCCAAACCUAUGUCCGCCACCCCGGUUGUGCUAAGCAGUGCGCCGAAGCUCUAUCAGUGUCGUCAGUCGGUGCAUGUGCCGACGGUGGCCACGGCUCCAGCAAUUGACAUUAACAUCAAUACCAUACAGUUUGAUGUUACGCAGAAACUCAAAAAGCUUAAGGCUGAAAAAUCGGGACCCAAUCCGAUUGCAGAAGAAGCUAUCAAAGCAGCGCGCGCUUCAUCGGCGCUGCAAUCAUUUCAGACCACAGAGCGCAAGAAGAAGGAUCGGAAGACUGUGCGUAUUGCCGGUGGCACUGUGUGGGAAGAUGCCUCAUUGGCGGAUUGGCCGGAUGAUGAUUUUCGUAUCUUUUGUGGCGAUCUCGGAAAUGAUGUCAACGACGAAGUGCUGACGCGCACCUUCAACAAGUUCCCAUCAUUCCAGAGGGCACGCGUUAUUCGCGACAAACGAACCGGCAAAAGCAAAGGAUUCGGCUUUGUCAGCUUCCGCGAACCGGCUGACUUCAUACGUGCCAUGAAGGAAAUGGACGGACGCUACGUGGGCAGUCGGCCAAUUAAGCUGCGCAAGAGCACCUGGCGACAGCGCAGUCUGGAUGUAGUCAAGAAAAAGGAACGCGAGAAGCAAGUGCUCCUUCAGGCUUUUAACUCCAUGAGUUAAAAACACUGCCCGCACUAAGUCGACACAACAAACAAUUUUAGGCUAGUUUUGGUCGCAUUUUGAUGUAACAAAUUUGUAUUUCGAAUGUCUGGAUGUGGCUGCUGCAGAAUAAGCGUAAAUUAAAACAAAUGUUAAAAUACAUUUUUUAGCAAAAGCAAAAA